CAGAAAGGUGCAUCAUGGGUUAACUAGGUGUCAAUGAGGGAAACGCCUACAGCUCAAAGCUAGAACAUCUCGGGAAAAGUCAGAAAAUUCAGCAACAGAAACUAAUUGGAGUUUUAAAUUAUACAAACAGUAGCAGACAUGUCGUGAAACAUUGAAACUGUUGCCAAGAACGACCCGCAGCGUCAGGGACGCACAGCUUCAAAGACAAAUCCCAUUGAUUUUGAAACGACAGCUGAAUCAGGAUGACGGAAUCCAACUCAAAAGCUGCAAAAGAAUUGACAGAAAUUAUGGAAGCGACUAUGCAGAAUCUUCACAGUAAAUUUCAAAGCAUGUCUGACCAGAUUGUUUCAAAAAUGGAUGACAUGGGGACUCGAAUUGAUGACCUGGAGAAGAAUGUUGCCGACCUCAUGACCCAGGCUGGUAUGGAUGAGCAGCAGACUCCUAAGUGACCAAGCCAUCAGGUUAACACAUAUCAGAUCAGCUAACUUCACUUGAUUUCUGAGGUUCCACUAAAGACAGAUGUGGCAUGACAAAAGGCCACACAUAGGCAGGUUAUUACUGAUCUAUUGUUAUGUAACAGCCUAUGGCAUAUGCUUUCUCAUUUAACGGGAUGUCAUUUGUGGGGGAUUUUACAAUGUAAACACAAUACAUAGAAAAAACUAUAAUACAAAAGAAUUCCAAGUCUUUCCUCGAUCUUCCUGUCAUCGCAGCACUACCCAUAGCAUUUCAGAAGAAACAAGUCACAUAUACAUACAGAUUAAACAUAUGGGCCAAUUUUCCAGACCCAGAUUAAGCCUAGUCCUACACUAAAAACACACUUUCAAUGGAGAUUCCUUAUUGAGAAAGAAGCUAGUCCUUGACUUAAUAAUCAAUCUGGGUCCAAGAAUACAGGCUGUGAAGUGAUAACUAAAUGGCAAUAUAAAAUAUGAGCAUAACAUUUAUUAAAUCAAAGACACCAAAUGGUUUUUAUAACUGCUGUUGAAAAAAGAUGACUUGGCUAUAACAUAAAAGAGAGCAGGACACCUCGAUCUGAGCCUUUUUGUAGUCCAGCUGUCUAGAAAGUCUCAUAAUGAAAGGACAGAUUUGCUCCCAUUGGGCUUCACACAAAGCAAUGGAAAGGGAAGAACCAAUCAGUAUCUGUAUUUUGUGGAGUAGUCCUUAGGAGAUACAACCAGACCUCGUCCUUUUCUCGCCCCUCGGUAAACGGUCUCAAAAAUGUCAAUCAUCUCCUGCUUGUCCUCCAUGGUCCAGUUGAUCUUGUUGUUGUUACCAGUCCCCAGAUCUAUCAUGAUGUGCUUGUUCCUGGAAGAGUACAGAAAGAAUAUUUCAGUUUUCACAAAAAGAGGGCAGCAAAGAUGGGAGCAGGCUGUCCACUGAAGCAGCUUGGAGCUGGUUGUAUUAAAGACAUGAUCAGGAACCUGGGCGACUAGUAUUUUUUAAACCUCACAAUUUGGGUUGGAUGUGUCAAUGUGUAGCUCAUACAUGCAAUAGAUUUUUACAUUUUAAUAAUUUAGCAGACACUCUCAUCCUGAGUGACUUACAGUAGUGAGUGGAUAUGUUUUUGUACUUUUUCCAUACUGUAUAAUCUAGGAGCAGAAUUACUGUUUUUACCUCAAUUAGCUACGAAAUCCCUAGUUUGAAAGCCAUUUCCACCUACAUUUUACCCCACGUGGGCCAGCCCCCUAGCAAUUUGAGUUCUAGCCAAUGAGCUUCAGCCCCUCGUCAAUUGAGUGACAGCUAACAGGAUGCACACAGCAGAGAAAUGACAGUGCAUAUACGCGACGUAGUAACGGGACAAAGAAAUCCCAGCCAGCCAAACCCUCCUCCCUAACCCAAUUGUGGUAAAUAUUUGCAUCAAAACUAGAGAUUGGUUUGAAAUGGAGGUGCAACCUGAUGACAACGUGAAACUCACCUGAAGAAGAACAUGACGGUGCAAGGAUCAUACAACUCGUACAUCUUGUUGAAGUCCGGCACCGCUGUGAUGUCCACCAAAUAUAUGACUGCAAAGUUUUUCACCUGUAGGGAAGAAUAGUGAUGUUUGUACAGUAAAAAUAGCAACGUUCAGUUGUCUUCACAAAUGUGAAAUCCAAACAUCAACAAUGGUACAGUAAAAUGCAUAUUACCUUUUCAGCUACGCUGUACAACACCUCGUUCAUUUUCAUACAUGUUGGGUCCCAAUCGUGUCCAAACCUAAUGACCAGGGCUCUAUCCUCCUCGGAUAGAAUGGCUUGGUCGACCUGCCAGCCGUUGUGGAGAUGCGGCAGCAUGUACGACAUCUUGAUGCUGCAGUGUUAACAUGUAUCCUGGGAGAGUAAUGUUGGGAAGUAACACGUUUGGUUAGCUAGCUAGCUAAUGUUAUAGCGAAAUACUUGAUAUCUGGGCUGGAUCUUGUCAACAAUGUUUACUAACGUAAGCUACAUAUACUGUGUACAACGUUGUUCUCAACAAAAAGUAACAAAUGCCGCUAACAGAAGACCACUUUCUUUAGAUAUUAACUAAGAUAUUGAUAAUUAAAAAUGAUUAGCCUGGCUAGCUAGAAACAUGGCUUAAAUAGCUAGCAUGCCUGUCUUGGUAUUUGCUAGAAAGUGAGAGUUACAUUUUUUAUUUAACUAGGCAAGUCAAUAAAUAACAAAUUCUUAUUUACAAUGACGGCUUACGCCGGCCAAACCCGGACGACGCUGGGCCAAUUGUGCGCCGCCUAUGGGACUCCCAAUCGCGGCCGGUUGUGAUACAUCCUGGAUGAAUGGGCUCAUUAUAUUUUGUAAUGGAACAGCAGGGAGCAGGUCUCGAAUCCUCGACCUUCUAGCCCGAAGUCCAGCGCGCUAUCGAAAGUGCCGCAAAAGCAUGCUCGUGCGGCAGAGUCGAUUUCCGCGAUUAUAAACACAGGGUCGUUACACUAUAUGUUUUUAAACGCUUACCGUACGAAAUGAUAUUAAGCGCCAAAGCCUUAACUAAACCAGACUGUUAGCUUGGGUCUAUUCAGACUGUACUAUCUUUGAUCCGUUGUGUGUGAAAAGAUUAACGAAAUAAAAACAAUUUCUGUUGUUUACGCCUGCGCAUUGCGUCACUAAAAAGCGACAAAACGAACAGACGGUGCAUAACAUAUCGCUAGCUGGCUAAACAGAUAAGUAUGCAUCAGUCUUUUUUACAAUAGCACACUUUGGUUAGAGACCACCUAACUCACAGAUACUUUUCUUAAAUAUAAGUUACAGCAGGGAAAUAUUAAUCCAUAAGAAAUCAAUUAUUCUGCACAAUUCAGCAACAACGCAUUAGUAGGCUCAAACCUUCAAGUCUAAAUAAAUGUUUUGUUUCGCAAGGACUGAACCCAAAUAAAACCCAACAGGUAUAGUACAUACGAAAACUGACAAUCAAGUGACACAGGAAGAAGGUGAAAAAAUAACAUAAAUAAACAAAUCCAGAGAGAAAUUAGCAUAUUAAAAUCAAGUUAAACACCAGGGGAGGUUGUUUUUUCCCCAAAAAUAAUAUUUCACAAAAUGACUCGACAAAAGAAACAAAACGCAACAUAAGGGUGAGGAAAGCAAAGGUGAAUGUUACCAUUUCUUCGGGAAAUGUACCUUUUCUAGUUUAGUCAUAUUUAUCCUGAUGAAGACAGUUUGGCUGUCAAAACGUUAAAUUGCAUCUGAGCUCCUAGUGUGCGGCUCUCCUUUUUCAAUUAUUUAUUUUAGCUACCUUAGAAGUGCUUACUUUGGAGCCUGACUAACAUCUAUUGAGUAGCAAUGUCCCAUACAUUGAAUGGCCAAAUAAAUUGGAGGUAUCUACAAAUCAAGUGCUGAAGCCACAUUAUCCAAAAGAAAGGCUACAUCUAAUCGUUUUUCCUAAAAUGAAAAUGUUAAUGAUUCGAUUCACCACGAUUGAGCUGGAUCCCAACUAAAAUAAUGGCAAAGUGAAUCAUUCGUUUCGUCAAAAGAAUCGUUGAACUUUUUUUGAAGGAUUCAUAUGAUUCAUUUAAUCAAAUUUGUAUGGCUUUAUUCGCGAGUGUCAGUGGAACGUUUUUUGGGACAUGGCGAAAACAUGAAUUCAUGCUAUCAAUCGCUAAACAAACUAGAGGGUACAAUAUAUGUUUUGAAUUGGCUACCUAGUUAGUUUAUUUUAUUUCAUAUUGUAUAAACUAGGCCUACCUGCCACUGCAAUGUCCCACUGUCUCUCUCUCCUUGAGCGACGGCCCACUCAUCUCGCACACACGCAGGUGAUGCUUGCAAACACUAAGUGUAAUACCGAUCCUGGAUGAUAUGCUGAUUAUUUGAUCAAAAUAAAUAACUGUCUCAAUAAAUUGCAUUAACAUAAAUUAUCAUUGGAAAAGACACAAUGUUCGCUCACCAUUUAACAUUCUUAGUUUUAUUAAGCAAGUUUAAAAACAUUGACGUUUCGGCCUUCAGAAUAAUCAUAGAGGGAAUGGGCAUGCGGAAGACAAUUAGGGAGAAAACUCUUCAGCUGGUGGUGCUGAGAGACGGUGUGGGUAGACCAUACACGUUGGUACUCAGGGUGUGGUGUACUAUGGUCAAUGUCUCCACCUAGUGAUGAAAUACUGAAGUGGAACCAGUAAAAAGCCAUUUGAAAACUGGGCAAGCUUUUUUCAAAUACAGAAGGUGUAAUUGAUAUACAACCAUUACUAUAUAAUACAUAUUGAAUAUGUUGGGUAUUGAAAAAAAUAAACAGUGCUAAGCAAAACUAGAUAUAGCAACAAAUAUCAAAAGAUUAGGCAAAUAGGUCUAACUGGUUUAGUUAGUGCACGACUAAGCUUCCUCCAUGUGUGGCACUGGAACAACAAAUAGAUGGGGCCCUUCACAAAAGCAUACUAUAGUCCUCUCUAGGUUAAAACCUCUGGGAACUAAAAUAUCUAAGAAAUGGAUCCAGAACGUCUGUGACUUUCCAAAAUAAAAUAACUCACAAAGCAAGUGUCCUCGGUCUUUGAAAUGGAGGGCCACUGGGCUGUUGGGGUCAGCACAUCGAAUGGCCGACACUUCGAUUGCUCACAUGGGCAACGAAUCGCAUAGAUCACAUUGCGAGAAUUGAAAUUGAUGGUACUUUUGAUUUUUAUGUCUCGACCCAAUCUGGGGUGCAAGAAACUUUUAUACGUUUGGUGUACUGGCAUUGCAUACAAUUGCCACAUGUAGUUAGCAGGGGGAAUAACGAGGAGACUGGUCUUGUUUGCGCUUUGGCUGGCGGCGGAUCAGCCAGCUUUGUCUUUAGCUCUAUGGUAAGCGGCCGCAGGAGGCUGUUGAAAUGAACUAGCUAGUGCUGAAUUUGAGUGUAAAAUAUGCCAAUGUUUUUUUGUGAUGCCUAGUAGUUCUGGACUUUAUAGAGUGUAGGUAGUGACCAGUUGGAUGGAAUGUCUUAUCUCUAGGGCUUGUGGGCUUACUCAGUAGUUGUGCUCUAGGAACAUCAGUUCUGAGUGUGGAGGAAAUUGUUUCUGUCAGUGUUCUUUCUGAAUAGAUCAGAUGAGAGGAAGGUACCUGUUUUAGUGAUGCAUACAUCCAGGAAGUCUAGUCCUCCCUCAUCAAGUUCCAUAGUGAAGCACAGGUGUCCUUUAAUGAAAUUAUUCUGAAGGGUAUUGAAGGCCGAAACAUCAAUCUUUUAAACUGGCUUAAUAAAACACAUUUUUAAUGUAGAGAGAGUUGCGCCUUUUCCUUUCCAAUGACUUCUAACAUUUUUAAGUUGCACCUCGACACUAUGAUUGAGCAUCCUCCAUUACUUUUCCAGGUCUGGAAAACAAUGAUUUUCUUGACCGUAUGAACGCUGUAAAUACUAUUCAUGCAACAUUUCAUUUAGAGCUUAAUUGAGUGCAACAAUUAGGGCUGGCACAAUUACCGUAUAACUGUGUAACCAACGGUUAUGAAUAAAGACAAUCAAAAUCAAAUCAUUGUAACCGUAAACAUUUUUUUACAAAAAUUGUUGGAACCAACAGCUGAUUUAAGACUGGACAGCAGGGCAGUCUGUGGCAAUUAGACUGGUAAACUCUUGGGUACCCUCGCAAUGGCUACUUGGUUUUGUGAUGCAAUAAUUUCCAUUGUAGUGUAAAAUGUUCAUUAAAAUUAUGUUAACUGAUGUGCCAUGGAAUGGAAUGUAUUUUUUGAACUGUCAGUGGAGUUAAAAUAAAUCAGAUGGAUACACUUCCUGCUUUUACUUCGUGCAAUGGCUGCUAGUCCAACCAUUAUGCCAUCACUAGCUACGUUUCAAUGAAUUUUUCCAGUGAUUUGUCAACAUUUUAAAAGUUAGCAUAGAAAAUAGAUACAAUUGCCUACUGUGAGAUUCCAUUGAACAAUUGUGUCGAUAAAAACAGCUGGACUCAAUGACAUCACACCAACAAAUAAAACGUUGUUGCAAAAUAUAAAUAUUUUUUUAUAUCCUUUUAGGCAAAUUCUGCAUUAAUAAAUUAGCUACAGUCUGUAUGCCCUCCCACAUACAGUAUCUGUUUCAUGUCUCCGGUAUCCAGUGAAAGCCAGAAUCAAUUCAUAUGCCAAUUUGCCAUAAUUAUCAUGUGCGAACAAAUCGCCACGGUGAAAUCUGCACUCCUGUAGAUCUGAAAUAAUUGGAUGGUGAAAAUUGCAUCCACUCAAGCAAGGUGAAGAAGCAAUUCAGGCAUUCUUGAACUGCAAAUAAACAUUUUUAUAUUGAAACUUCACAAGCAGUAGGCAUUUAGAAUGUACAUGGCGGCACCCCACGGGAGGUAAAUCAUUGGAUCCGAUUCCAUACAAUCUAUGAGGACUGCAACCAUACAUUAUUUAUGCCCAAGUCAUGUUUUUACUUCCAUCUGGUUAUUUAGCUCACAGUCACCCUGUUAACAUAUAGGUUAUGGAUUUCGUACAGAAAAAGUGUUUGCAAAUGCAACUGGGGCCAUGACAUUAAGUGCCUCGCGUACCUUCAACAUUAUUCUGCAAUCAAUUAUUCUAAAGAAAAAAAAAACACUGGUUUCCAUCAUAAUUUGUCACAAUAAGGAAAGUGAUAAGGAACUGAUACAUUUUUUGUUGUCGAUCUUUCGAAAUUGUAUUCUUUAUCGGCUGUUCCCAUUACACGUAACAAUUUUUGUUUCUGCAGCAUUGCUUUUGUUGAAUAAACCCGAGUCAAUGGAAACCUGCCUAUAGACAUGAAUGCGGACGUCAGUUAUAUUCAUUAUAUUUUAUUGGCAGCACAUGCAGUCAGGAGCGGCGGGGAGGAGAAAAUGUACAUCAAUAUAUUGUUUUGUUAUUCAAACGGUUAUUACGGUGACCGUGGUCAUUUGGCUGGCCAAUUACCAUUAUCCAAAAUUCUAUGACUGUCACAGGCCUAGCAACAAUAGGAAGCCUAUCGUCUCACAGCCAAUAGGCUAUAUUAAUGAACAUACAGCUACUGUAAUUACGCAGCACAGUCAUUUCACAUUUGCCAAAACGCAAUUUGCGGGAAAACACCGUUCUAAAAGCGAACCUGAUGCAAGCGGUUUAUGUGACAGAUGACAAUCCCUGUUAGAAAUUUAGAAAGAGGGGAAAUAUGAAGAUGCAACAACUAGGAUAAGGGUUGCUAUUAUGACUAGGAUUGUGGUUUUAGUUUGUGGACAACGAAAUAAAGUUAAUAUGAAAAACAAAACAACAAGAGAGAAAUGCUGGUUUCAAUGAGUAAGCCUUUAUAAAAUAAUUCCAAUGGUCGGAUUUUGGCACGGCUACUUUUAAGCAAUGCAAGACAUGCCUCAUAAUAUCAGGUAAAACAUCCAGUUUUACAAAAAUUAAGUAUAUGUUUUAAACAUGCAAACUGACUGCAGCUCAGAGGGGUGGUGGGUGAUGCCCUGUCUUGAAAAAAAAAAAAAAAAAAA